AUGUUGAGUGUUGAUGGGCUUCUUAAUUCGCUGUAUAAAUUGAAACCGCUUCUGUGGCCAUUAUUAGUAGGCCUCUCAUCGGCUGUGAUUUUCUACUUCCAGGCUUCCCGAUACUCCAGGUUAAAGCCUCCGGAAUCUGACGAUCUCAAGUCCAGCAACAAAAAGAACCAGCUGACCGUUUCCAUGUACGCCAACGAGGUACUGGCCUGUUUUUAA